ACCAUUUGAUCCAGAUGCAGAAAAUUCCUAAGAUAAUAAACGCCCAGACAUGAUUAAUCCAAUAAAUUUAGUUGCCUAAUAUCAGUACAACGAGCUUGAUGACAAAUCUACCCAAGCAAAGCACAACCUCUCCCAUAUUGUGCACCUCGACGUUUCAGUUUCCGCUCGGUUACCCAAAACCAAUUAAAAUAAAAACAAAUUUCAAACUGCAGUUAUUAUUUACUGGCGGCUCGAAGGACCAACGCCGGCCCAAUCACCCAGACGACGUUGCAUUAUUACCCGGCAAAUCGCUCGCUCAUAAAAUGCAUUUCCUGCAUUAUUCGCUUGCCUGCCGUGCGUAUUUCAUAUUCGACGAGCCUGUUGCUGCGGAGAAACGUGCAGGAAUGGCAACGCAGGACGAUCUGCGCUUCAUGCGCUUCCCGGCUUCAAACGCGCAAUUCAGUGUAUCUCGAGGUGUUCGACGGAACGCGUGAUUUAUUGAACGCAGUCGGUCCAAGCCCGAGUUUUCAUUCAAAUUCACCAAUACAAGAAACAAACCCUGACUAUUUUUUACCUAUUUACCACUUAAGCACCGACCAAUUUUUACCUUUUGAAAGAACCAUUUUUGAAGCAUCUUUUUCUAUAUAAAACUGCGUCACACGGUCCGGGAUUUGAAAAACGACCGCGAGAGGUGUCCACUAUAUUUAACGUUCUUAUUGACGCGUCGUUGCCGGUUCGCGCUGAAUGAUAAAAAUUGAAUAAGGGAAAUAAAACCCUAUGGUAGUUGGGUCCAAUGCUAUCCCACAUGGUCGGAGGUCACCCCGCAGGUUAUCAGGGCGGUUACAGUGACUAUACUUACCUAACCGUUUCCGGAAAUCAUCAUCAGUAUCAGUGUAAUGUGCCCCAUCAUCAGCAAACUGUUUGUGAAAAUGACAUGCUGGGAUCUUAUGAGCAACCCUUUCAACCGAUAAAUCAGAGCGUCAGUUCGACUUAUAACAAUAAUCCCUUUACUGUCAGCAAUGUAGCUAGGAGUAGUACAAGUACGACUACUGGUUACUGUGGCGGGACGCCUGAAAACAACAUGUUGCCCAAUCAGCCAUCGACAUCUAAUGAUCGACAUUGGUAUAAUCAGUUUCAAGCUCAACCUCACCGUCCGACCUACAAUUAUGCUAAUCCUAGCAGUAGUCGCGAAAUGCGCAACAAAGCCGAGAAACAGCGACGGGAUCGGCUAAAUUCGUUUAUAGCCGAACUGGCUACUUUGGUACCCCUGAUAUCCAGAAGCGCCAAACGUUUGGACAAGACCAGCAUCUUAAGACUGACCGCUACACAUUUACGGAUUUAUCAAACUCUCGUCAAAAAUAAAGGCAACUCUCAAAUGGAACUACCACCGCACGUAGACCAGUUCGUUUUGGAGCAAUUGGUCUGCGAUCAGAUGGGAGGAUUCUUGCUCAUUAUAAGCCCCGUUAAUGGAAAGAUUAUAUUCGUUUCUCACACGGUAGAGACUCUACUAGGACACCUACAAACAGAUCUUAUGGGCCAAUCGUUGUUCACAGUAACAGCAUCCGAAGACCACGAUCGGUUACGAAUGUAUCUGGGAUGCGAAGGAGAAAUUGAACAAAGUUGGAAAAAGUACUUUAACAUAAAAAUUAGGAGAGCCGGACCGAAAUCGGAAGCACCCCACUACGAGGCGGUCAGAUUAAUGGGUAUUCACAAGCACGCGAAUUUAUCUCCGGGCUCGAGCAGUAGUGGAGCUGCCAGUCCCACGUCUUCGGCAGCAUCGACUUCGUCAUUGCAGACUACUCUUAAUACCGAUGUGUUAGUAUUUUUCGUAAAACUGUGCCGUCCUCAACCACUAGUUGACCGACUAGUAGCGGCAUCCAAAGACGAAUACGUGACACGUCACCUGAUUGAUGGCAGAAUAGUCGCCUGCGAUCAGCGGAUCUCUUUAAUAGCCGGCUACAUGACUGACGAGGUUCAAGGGCACAGCGCUUUCCAAUACAUUCACCAGGAGGAUGUUAGAUACACGAUGAUAGCUUUAAGGCAAAUGUAUGACAAAGGUGAGAGCAAAGGUAACUCGUGCUACAGAUUAAAAUCUCGCAACGGUCAAUUCAUUUACUUGAAAACGUUCGGGUUCCUGGAAAUCGACGAUCAGGGCAUCGUGGAGUCUUUUGUUUGUGUCAACGUUCAAGUGGACGAGUCUGAAGGGAAACAUCACAUUACUGAAAUGAAGAGGCGGUUUCGUGCUAUGUUUACCAGCUCCUUAGCCAGCUUACCGUACGAGGAGCGGUGUAUAGAGGAAGGAUUUCAAGAAAUGAGGCGCCAUGUCGACGAAUCAUGGGGGUCGCCCGUGGAACCGAUCGCCAUCACGGCCCCCGCAAUCAAACCAGACCGAACCGAGGAUCCCCAAACAAUCGAGGCGGCCGUAAACGAGCUGAUGCAAAAUUUGCCGUUGCCCGGACCGGAAACACCUGCAGGUGACGCGAUUAACUGUCCCACAUCCCACGGUACCAAGGAGGCCAAUGUCGAUGUCGUCCCCGUUAGGAAACCAAGUGUACAUAAUCCCGGAAAGGGGAAUCAUCCGCAAAUCGUCAUAAAACAGGGCACGAAACGGUCGCAGUCCGAGUCGCCAGAUGUCACGCAAAAGAGACAAAGGCUCAACAGCGUCGAAUCGGAGCCCCCACAAUUGUCGCCGCCUGAUCCGAGAGAUAUGCCUUAUGGUAACGGUCGCCCAUUGAUGCCAAAGCUGGAAGAGCCGUUCCAGCCGCCAAACACGCAUCCUGACGUGUUACGGCACCAAUACCAUCACAUGGCGUGAAAGAUACGUCGGCGACCAACCACGUUGCAAUGAGAACUAAAAAAAAAAAAGACUGAUCAUAGGCCAUACUUAGGAGAAGCUAGAGAGCGAGUGAGCGAAAGAAAAUGAUGAAAAUAAAAUCGAAAAACCAAACCGGCGCCGUCACGGAUUUUAACAAAACUAUUGUACAAAGGAACUGACCAGGAGCCCCAUCCCGCCCCUAAAAACAGACUGAUUUUCCUAGUGAACUUUUGAAUCCCCUUUAUAUUGUUGUUAUUCUAUGUUAUACACGUAACCUGCGUAGAUACAGUACAUACAUUAUUAGAUGUCAGUGAUGAUAAGGUGGCGAUACAGGGUUUUUGGUUUCGUGUUUUUUAAGUGGUUCUUGGUUCUUAUAUUAAUUAGUGCCAAACGAAUUUUAAGAAACUAGUGCGAUAGCUAUUCGAGAAUUUUUUUCUGUUUGAAUUUCCAGAUAUUUCGUUGAGUUUGUGACGAGUUAUGCCCUUACAAUUUAUACAGGAUAACACUAUCUAGUGUUACCAGUUUGACUAGUGAUACCCAUAAAUUUAAUGCAACAAGAAUUCUUGUUGCAUUAAAUUUAUUAAAAAAGCAAUGUUUUCAGCUUGAUUCCAUGGUCACCAUUUGGAAAUUACGAGAUCGACUAAAUUCGGUUAUUUUCUCGCAGUUAUUAAAAUGCUAUUUUUAAAACUUUGAAAUUAGUGAUUUCAAAAAUGCGGAAAUUUUUAAAGUUAUAAUAAAAAUGUUAUUAAUCUAUCUAAAAGCCGAAUAUGGCGUCCAUAAGAGCGAAACGUCGAAUCAGAAAUCACUGACAUGCAUCUAGUGAAAAUAGUGAGGUAAAUGUGCAAUCAAUUUAUAAUUUGUUUUAAAAUGGAGCCAGGAAUUUAAAAAAAAACGAUUUUCCUUAAUUUCGAUUUUUUCCGCAGACUUUCAGAACUACUUGAAAUUUUUAAAAUUUUAAAACAGCAGACCUCCUACCCCUUACAAGACCUUACCGAGAUAAAAAAAAAUUGAGUUUGGGGUUGGUUUGGUAUUUUACGCCGAUAAAGUUGGGUCAAAAGGUAGGGAAAAUUAUUUUAAAAAAUAUUCGAAAGGGUUAAGGGAGGGAUUUAGGGAGUACACAAUUGUGUGUCUAGGGAGUCAACAUUAGAAAUGUGUGAAAUAAAAUGUAUUACUUUGUAUGGAAUGAAAUAAAACAGUUUUUAUCUUUGGUUAAACAAAGAAAAACAUUACAUUUUAGGCAACGCAUUCUGGACCGACUUUUGCACCCUUUUAACCUGCAUUUAACUGGGUUCUUCAUUUCUUCAUUCUUUGGCCAGUGUUCAAAACCAUCAAAGCGUUUGUUUGCACAGGGCAAACUGGAAGGCAUUCUUCUCUUUUUUAUUUCAUUUCCUUCAACGCUAGUCUUUUCCUCUAUAUUUUCUUGGCAUUCUGUUUCCUCCAAUACACGCUUCUUAGUACCGGCAAUCACAUAUUCCCCAAGAUUAAGUCUAAAUUCCAAAAGAUCCAUAAUAUCUUUGCUUCGAAGGUUUUGACUAUAACAAUCCCUUCGAUACUCCAUCCAGCUGUUUACUAUUGCUAAGUGCAACAAAUGUAGGAAGCCUUUAAGAGUUCAUUUCCGGGUUCGAAAGAAAGAUCGAUAGUACUCCAUCAUUUGGUCGCAAACAUCUACACCACCCAUGUUUUCGUUGUAUGAUUUAACAACACCUGGGCAUGCUAUGCCUCAGUGGCGGCUCGUGACAGUUCAGGGAGGUAGGGCCAAACCUUGAUCUAAUUUUAUCAUGACCGAAUGAGCGAUCGAAAUUAUUACAUUUUAUUAUCAAAAUAUAACGCAAUAAGUUUUCUAUUUUUUUUUUGUAGAUAAAAAUAUACAUUUUAAAAAUUUUGAAAUUUAAGGAAAUGAACUUACAAAAACUACAUGGAAAUGUCAAUACUUCAGGUCACAGGCAACAUACAGUUUUCCAUAUUUACAGUAAGGUACACAAAUAAGUAAUUUUAUUGUUUUUAAUAACUCAAAAAAAUUUUUCUAUAUUUAAAUCGAGCGCCCUAACUCCUUUAUUUCUACUUUUUGUUCCAAUGAUAAAGUGGAAAAUGGAUUUGCAUUUAAAAAACUAAUUUUAUUCAUUGUUUUUAAUAUUCAACAAAAAUAAAAAACACCAACAAAGCCGAAAACGCCAGCCAAAUAAAAUAAAAGGUCUCUACGGAACCGCGAACGUCCGAUGAAUAAUCAAAAUUCAAAACAAACAAUAUCACGCACGUUUUGCUAGAAAAGAUUCUAUUGGUUUGGAGCCCGGCCCAAAAUUAUUUAAUUUGCCGUAGCUUUACCACAUUGUUUCAAGGACAUUUGCUGUGAUUAUUUGAUGUAACACGCAUCGAUACGGGGCCUGACGCGACAACUACGUCUUCGAUUUCGCAUUAGCGAAAUUUGCGGAAUCUUGCACUGGCUGCGUUCCAGUAUUUUAAUUUUAUAAUUGGUAUUAAAUAUUAAUAUACAGAUAUUUUUUUGGACUGAAGUAAAAUUUAAAAAAUAAAUAAUUUUUUUAAUUUUCAACGUUUAUUAGGUAGAGCCAUGGCACUGUGGCUCUACCCCAAAAGCCGCCACUUUUCUCCACCCGAAUUAAACAUUUUUUGAUCCUUAUAACACUAGUAAAUAAGAAAAUCACAAUUGUGACAUCGGGUAGCGUAAGGGCUACCAUUUCUAAGAUUCCACCGAUCGAAUUUGGUAUACGUUAUGUCUGUCUCUAUUUACUUUUUUAUGCGAACAUUUUUGCCGAAAGUUUUUAUAGUGUGGGUUUAAACGUAAAUUUGCCGCGAAUUUUCUCUUAUUAAAAUUCGUUUCUCACUAAUUUACUAUAGACUCAAGCUUAUGGUAUUGUAAAAAAGUCGAUGUUAGUAAGGGGCAUUUGUGCAACGUGUUAUUUAUCAGUAGAACCUUAUCAGAAAAAGUGUUAAAAAGUCACGUAUUUGAUCAUUUUAUUAAAAAAAAAUGUUCUUUUCCACCAUGAGAUGUCACGAAUUAUGGUGACAAUCUCUAAUUGCUUUAUCGUUACAUCGAUUAAUAUUAUUUUUAAAUUUUCCCCAUUUUCUUGAAUCUAAUUAUUAUAAGAAAUUAUGGUCUGUUUUUUCAAUGCGGCAAAAAUGUUUUUCGUCCUUGAUGGAUCAAUCACGUUUAGAAUUUGCCGGUUAUCUUGUAAUCUUAACGGCAUUCAAAUUGGCAGUGAUUUUUCUAUAAUUUUGCAUAAUAUUUAUUAUCAUAAUUUAAAGAAUUAAAAUGGCUUGUGCUAUUUACCGGAAGGUGCUUGGACUCAAAAUAUGUUCUCUAUGAUUAUUUUAAAUUAUACAAAUAUUAAUUAUAGAGCUCUAAAAAAAUAUUUAAAAAUUUGUAAGUUUAAAAAUUGUGGAGAAUAUUUUCCAGUUCAUCAUACUCGAGCAAAUAGUUUAGUCACAUACUAUAAAUUAAGACAGAAAAAGCGUAAGAUCAAAAAUUAAAAAGACAUUAGCAUGCCAGAAAAGUGAUAUUUGCAUAUUUUGAUAUAAUUAUUGUAUGGCAAAAUUUAUUUUAAGAAAUUGGUGGAUUUCAUAUUUUUUUGAUAUUGUAAGAAAUUAAUGACAAUAAAUGAAUUUUUGAUGACAAGGCAAGCAAAACUGCAAUAUUAUAAUUUCUUAAUGAAAAAUGUGCAUAAAAAGUGCUAUAUAUUUUCCUAAAUAAGCUACAAGCUAAAAUAAAUAAAUGCCCAAAAAGAAACCCAAACAAAGCGAAAAAAAUACCGAAAAUUGCCAAUAAAUAUGAUUUAUAAAAAAAUGAAGAAAAGAGAAAACUAUACCCUCGAGUGUAAUAUGGUUUGGCAGCACAGUUGUAUAUACAUUUAAAAUAAAUUUAUUUUUAUUUAUUGGUAAUAAAACCUCUGAGAAAUUAGGAUCUUAAAAAUUGGAAAAAUCCAGCAGUUUCUCAAACAAAUCGUAAGAAAAUUAAAAAUUGGAAAAAUCUACUUAGAAAAUAUGGCCCCCUAAGAAUAAACAUAAAAAGAUAACAUGUAUAGCAGAUGUGUUUAUUUGUAAGCUUUUCUUUAUUUAAUUAACACUUUUUCUGAUUAUCAUUGUGCGGAUUAAUGAAAAACGAAGUCAACCACUUAAAAAUCAAAAUGGUUUUGUUGAUAAAAUAAGAAAAGUUAUGUACCAAAACUGAAUAGAUGUAAGUUUUAAUGAAUGUAACAGCUCUAAAAAUGAGAAAGUACAAUAUUUAUAUAGUACCUAAUAAUCAUACAGGGUGGGCUACAAUGAUAGAUUUUCUUAUUUUAUUAUGCAGGUUUAGAUUAUUUUGUCUGAAUUAGUAUAGAAUAAACUAACCACUCUUACCAGUACCUAUAGAUAAAUAACGUUAGUGUAAAAACAGGGUAACCUUUUUCAUAUUUUUACACGGACAGAAUUAAAUUACCCUUUAAUAACAAAUUACAGUUAGAAUUACUUUAAGCAGCUGGAACACUAAAGAUAUUUCCUUACCAAGACCAUAAAGAAUGAUAAUUUGUAAAUAGCAAAUAUCCGUAGAAGUUAAGUUACUUUUUAUGUUGUGUUUGGACUAGAUAUAUGUACAUUUAUUAGUUAUUGGCUAAUACGUGGCCAGGUGUCUUUAUUAAUAAGUCCAUUUAAUUCCAAAAAAACAUCCGACGGUUGUUAUUUUUAAAAUGGUUACAUGAUUAUUCAUUUGGCAUUUAUGCGGACUAUUUGAUUAGUUAAAUUAGAACUUAACUUUAACACUUCUUCGUUUGAAAUGGAGCUAGAGCAGGCUGAAGGUUCAAUAUUCAGUUUAUUCAAAGAAUUACUUAGUUCAUUGAUCAAAAGCCAUGAGUGGAAAGACUUGGUGGUGAAACCAGUACCAAAAUCUGACUCCUCACGAAACUGGUCUAUUCUGUACCAAUCUCCAAGAUGUAGUUGUCCCGGAUUGUAGGAAUUGCACACUUAACGAUAGUCUUAGCAAGCACUACGGUAUAUCGGAAAAUACUCUCGACUGUUUUUUUGGAAAUGCCAAUUGAUCGACAAAACGAAAAAAUCAAUUUUUGAAUUUUUGGCAAAUCCUACCGACUGCGCCAAUUAAAAAUCGGUUUCCCAAAAUUUUGUUUUUAAAAAAACUUUUAAUUAAAUAUAUAAAAUAAUAAAGUACAAUACGUAAGUUUCUCAUCAAUAGCCAAGCUCCAACUAACUCGUAAAAGGCAUAAACAAAAGUUAUAAUAUAAAAUAAUUGCUAACUUGUAAUUUUUUCUGUUAGAUCUGGAACCGGUAGUUUCGGUAAUUUAUUUUUUGUGAUAUCGCUCAUUCGAAAGAAUAACGACUCAAGUCAAAAUAACAAAUUAUUCAGGAGAGGCAUUUAAAAAAAAAAUUCAAUACAAUUUUUUAAUAUUUUAACUAAAUAAAUUGUAUUCUAUAAGCAAAAAUUUUUAAAAAUUAUACAUUUAGCAAUUCUUUGGCAAAAGGUGAUGCCAAUAUUCCAAAACUUUAUACAAAACAGUGUUUUUUUUUUUUUACUUUGUUUCGACUUAUGACACUGUUUCUUAUAAACACGUAUCCCUUUUUUAAAAUAAAAUGUAUGGAAAACAUUAAAAUAAAAGACGAUUUCGUUCCUAAAACUUUAAUUUUUUAUCUUAAAAGAACUGCUGUAUUGCACAAAACAUAAACACAAAACACAAGUACGUACAUAAUUAUGUAAAAUAAACACAUAAAAGUUUAUAAACUUAAGAUUAAUUACAGAAAACAUGAAACUUAAAAUUAAUAAGGAAAAAAAAACACUGAAACUUAUAACAGCAAGAUAUUAAUAAGUUUACCUAAAGGUUAUUAUAGUAACUUUUAUAAAUUUUAGGAAUAGCAGAACCUUUAUUGGUGUUUUCAUUAAAUAAUGAAAGUAGGUUUUUUUUUUAUUAUCGCUUAUUCCAAUUUUAUUUUGAUAAGCUAAUAAUAACCCAUUGAUUGGCCCUGUUAUUCUUCCUCUUAUGGUCUUAGGCUUUUCUAUAUCUACGUCGUCAAAGUUUUCUUGUUCAAAACACAUUUUAUAGAAAAUCUUAUCUGGAUUAUUUUUUUGCACUUUUAAAACUUAAGUACAUCGGAAAUUUUAGAUGGUAAGUUAGUUCCUAUGCCUACAGAGUUAGCCAAAGCUUUACAGUCAUAGAAAUCGCUGUAUGACAUUUCUUGAACUUGGUAAGGUUCUCCGGUCUUUUUCGCAGUUCUGAUUAACGUCACAUAUUGUUCUGGAACGUAAAUUGGGCCAGAUUUCAAAACACUUCAUGUUUUUUUCAAUUAAAGCAUGGGCGUUAUCACAUGCAUUUUGAGAGUGUCCGGAAAUUAAGUAUUUAUGAAUAAUACUAUUAAUUUUUGAUAAGUGUGUAACCGCAUAAAUGUAAAUUGAAACAAAAAACCUGUUUUUCUGUUGUCCAGCACAGUUAUCGGAGUAAAAUAUUAAGUCUCUAUCGCUAUUAAAAGUUUCAUUCAAAUGUUUUAAAUAAUUGAAGACACACGUACCUAUCUCAUUGGCUCCUCUAUGACCUUGUGCCUCAUGCCACACGUAACAUAAAACUGCUUUUGUUUUCAUGUCAGAAAUUGUAAAAUUAAAUACAUUUAACUUGGGCACGUAAUAGAAAGAGGAUGCAUUACCUUUCGGGCAAAGUAAUACUGCCUGGAGAUCAUAGGCAGCUACAAAAGCUAAUGACUCUCUGUCAGCCUCUUUUUCGAUCCGCGAAAAUUCUUUUUGAUUUAAAUGUUCUUCAUAUUUGUCCUUUAGUCUUUGUUUAUCGCUAUCACAUCCAUUUUCAAAAGCGACGCAUAACUGGCAUUGGUCCUUUUUAGGUAUAAAAAAGGAAAUGUUGUAUUCUUCAAUAAAUAUUUUGUAAUACAUAACAUAAUUUGAUGCUGUUUUUUUCGCUUCCUCGCGUUUUUUCUUAUAAUCACGAUGUAAAUCAGCGACUGUUAAGCCACCCUCGAUAAAUUCUUUAUUAGUAUUGGAUCGGCGAUAAUGGCUAGGUAUUCUAGGAACUGAAUAUGUUGAUGUAUGCUCUGCUUUAUUUCCUCAUCUAAUUUAAAGUGGCUGGCAUGUUUUCCGCGUAGGUCACUUUUAAUAAAUUGUGGAUGCUCAGGAUUCCUUUUACUGAUAACAGUUCUGAUUGGACGAUCAUUGAUUGAUAAAGAGUUCUUAAAAAAUAUUUUGCAAACUCGAAUUCUUUUAUCCUUGACCUCAAAGUGAAAAGCGUUAUUUGGUUUACGAUUACUACCUUCUCUAACGUAUCUGUAUCGGGGAAGAAUAACUGUCGUACUUGCGCUAAGAAAAUCACGCUGUCUUUGAAGACUAUUUAAUUUCCAAUAUUUUCCAAAAAUAUUUAGACGCUGCUCCUCAGUAAAUUUAGUAAAACACUUAAGUUUGCACUUUUUAUCACAUGGUGGUUGUAUAUGCCUUUCUAAAAAGAUCUUUUUUGUCUUGGCAUUUCUAUACUCUUUACCUGUAUUUCUAAGACGCUUAGCUGCAAUCUUUCUUUUCCUGCUCUUUUUCUGAAUAUCAUCUGGUUUCACAUUUUCUUCUUCAGAGGAAGAGUCAGAAACUGAGGAUGCACUUCAAGUACUACAACUCGAAGAUGAUGAAGAUGACUAGUUAACAUAAUCUGUAUCUUUAACUGAGUCAUCGGAAUCUUCAAUAUAUUCAAGAAACUCUUGUUGUCGACCUGUACUUGGACCUUCAUACUGGCUUGCAUUUUUGCAGUCAUUUAUAUUGUCCCGGUUUGAAAUUUGUUGAGAAUGGUUCAGUUCCUGUUGGUUUUCCUGGAUAUCUAAAAACAAAUUUGUUUGUAGCAUUACGUUAAAAUAACAUGGAAUCUUUAGCUUUAUUAAUGAUGUUACUUGUUACUUACCAUUCUCAUUUGUCUUCCAUUCUAAAAUGUCAGUACCUGGCGUAGUAGUAACAUCUUUUAAUGCAGGAUCAAUACCAGGGGUAUUAACAGAAGUAGGAACAUCGGUACUGCACUCGCCUGUAAUUUUGAAUGUGUUUAGAAAAGCGCCAAUUUAGUUUUUAAUAAAUUUAAAUACAUUUUUUGGAUGUGUUAUUGGUUUGUAAGUAAUUUUUCAGAAGUCGAAUUUAAAUUGUUUCGAUAUUCAAAUUAACUAUUUUAUUUAAUAUAAUAAAAGUAAUAUACAUUUUUUAUAAUUAUUACCUCGGAGAUUAUUAACUUCAUCCCGGAGCAAUCGUAACUCUCCUAUGUCUUCUCCGUGAGUAAUCAUGCUCACCAUCCGUAAUGUCCGAUUUUUGCACAGCCUGUUAUCGAAAAAUCUAAAUAAGAAAAGCAACAUUAAAAUUUUUAAGUUGGUGUAAAAUGUUGUAUAAUAAGUUGGAGUUUUUUUCAUAAAUAAUCUAAAUUAUAAUAAAUUUUGAGUUGUGUCAUUAUUCUUUCGAAUAAGCGAUAUUUCGACAAAUGAUUGAGGCCGAUGUUCAUAUUUAGUCGACGUUUCGAGCUCUAUGAGGUAAUUUUCAUGUCAAAAAAAUAAUAAACAAAUACGUUUAAGGAAUACCGUAAAGUCUCCUAAUGAUGAAACGUGAGUUUCAUAAUUAAUCUCUUAUCUAUAAAAAACGAAUACACAUACUUACUACUGGGAAAUACAGAACUAUGUCAAUAUUCUAUUCUAACUAUUUAAAUCCUAACAGCAUAUCUGUAUUAAAAAACGACAUAACAUACUGAUCAAAGUCAUACCCUGAGUGGACGACUUUGAUAGGUCACGCGUAAAUGCAUUUAAAUGUGUGUCUCACACCUAAAUCAAUCAAUCUAGCACAUUUUCUAAACUGACUAAGAAAUGUUUAUUAGGACAUAAUCAAACACGUCAAACUGGAAACAUUUUAAUCUGAGUGAACUGAUUUAAGUCCGGCAAUUAUGGUAAUUUUCCUUAGCUAUGCAACAUAUUUAAACCAUACUUUCAAGUACUUUACUAAAACAAAAGUGUCUGGAACUAAGAGAUCCAGUAUAAGCUUUAAAUAGCUUAUGACUUGUUCCACUGUGUCUUCUACGGGAGUAUUAUCAUCUUCAAAGUCUGUCAAAUAUACCGGAGUACCGUGAGCUUCAUCUUUUUUCCCGGUUCAGUAGUUAACCUUUUUUUUUACGUGAUGCUUGUUCCAAAUCGUUACCAUAACGCUUCCCUUUAAAAAACUGUGUUUAAACAUCAUUCUGCUCUUAAGUGGGAUCAUUGUCAUCGGAAUUUUUUUUAAAACCUUUUGAGAAUUGAAUGGUUACAUGCUUACUACCAGCUGAAACUAAAACUUAUUUAUUAGAUUACGUUUUAUAGAUGAAAUUUCGUUUUUGUGCAAAAACUGGAUAAUGUAUGGCGACUGAUGCUUUUUGAAUGGUUCGAGAUCCUAAUAUAUGCUGAUUUCGAUAAUAACACUAGCGGGUGCCUUACUUAUGUUUGCUUCUAACCUAAUCCUUGUAAAUUAUUUUGAAAUCUUCUACUUUUCUAUCAGAUUAAUCCAAAAAGGGGUUUGCAAACAUUCUCAAUUCUAACAUAGACUCCAGUCGGGAGUCUAUGUUACACAUAUUUUUAUAAAUAUUUUUCUUUUUGAUAAGUAUACAAAUAGAAGAACAGGAAAGUAAAACGUAGAGUACAGAACAGGUAACUAAAGUAGAUAUGCCAAAUUUGUAGUACGAUAUAAGAGCAUUAAAAAUAAACUUACAUAGAAAUAUAAAAUGAAGAUCAAUGUCACUCCACUUUAAAGUAUGUGUUAAACAACUUUUUGGUUAGAAUUUCCUUUCACAUGGUAUACAUUAAGGACGCUGAUCUUUGCGCUUCUCAAAUAAGGUGACGCGUAUGCAAAUUGAACGAUAACUGGGUUCCCCAAAUAGCCCCCCUCAGCGGUAUUAUUCAGUGUUAAGUGUACCUCCCUAUGAUUGGCUACUCUGCACGUGGCAAUAUUCUAAUUAUUAUUACUGUUUCGCAAACAACAAUUGUCAAAAGGUGGGUCAAGCCAAUCAGAGUGAGGUAUACUUGUGACCAACAGCGAGAAUUUGCUGAUCAUGCAUUUUUGCAUACGCACGCUAUGCAUACAGAGCAGCCUCCUUAUGUAUAGUCUCCUUGGAAUACAUGCAAUGACGUUAUUUUUUUUCUUUUUAUUCCUGCACUCAAUUAAUUUAUAUACCGGAUGUUAACGAUAUUACUAGUCGAGCGGUAACUCCGUCAAAAAAAAAAUUAAAUAAAUUUAAAGUUUGGUGAUGUUUUAUGGUUUGUAGGUAUAUUUAAAAAACUUACAUCUAUUUUAACCAUAAAUAUCAUCUAAUUUUUCGUUGGCACUCGAUAGUCCGUAUGAUGGUUUCAUGCUUGUCUAGGAACGUUUUGUUUUUGUCCUACAAUCAUACGCGAAAAAAAGACUCAAUGGCCUUACAGCUUGGUUCUUAGAAGGUAAAUUAAAUGAGAAAAUUUAAUCAUGUUUUUUUUAUGUCUCGAGAAUUUUAUUAUGAAUUUUUCUGUGCGAAACAUGAAAACUUUCAUUAUUAUUUUUAAAAAUAUGUAAUUACUUGCGGUAUAUCUAGACCAAACACAUACCUGAAUGUAAAACUUUCUCAUUUUUAAUAAACGGAGCUCUGUCCCACUGACGUUAGUUACUACAGCAAACCACGUUUGAAAACUUUAUAGUUUUAUUAUUUUUUUCUUAGAUUGUAAGGCAUAUUAUACACAAUUAUUAAUAUUUGUGAAAAUGUACAGGUUUUUAUUACUCCGGAACUGAUGCAUAUUUGUUACAUACUGUAAUUAUUAAAUAAGCGUUAAACGAUAGGAACUCCUGUGAUUGUAAAAAAUAAGAGUUUUCGUGCGGGAUCUCGAGCUUCAAUUUGGACAGUUUUCUGACAUUUUAAUUUAUUUUCAAAUGCAGUUUUAAGAAAAGUAUACGGGGUUGUCAAAUUAGAGUCUCAUCAACUGUAGUGGGUCGAUUAUGAUCUUAAAGUUUUUUCCUUCAGAUAUAAUUUAAACUCAAAAUCUACCGUUACUAUUCUUUUGAUAGGAAUCAAAAAAAAAUUCAGAUUAAAUUACAUUUUUCGAACCAAUUUUGAAAAUUUCUUUUUUGUCAUUUUGUGGUUAACACAUACCAUCAAAAUUACCUAUUUACUUGGUUUUGAGAUAUCGUGAUCUGAGAACUUGUUUGUUUUGUAGUUUUGAGGUUAUGUUCUACUUUUAAAGUUAAAAAUUCCUAUAUUUUGAAAUCUUGAUAUGAUCCCAUAGUUGAUUUCUAAAAGUUAUGGGAAAUUACACUAAAAUUUUAAAGCUUCUAUCUAGUUUAAUGUGAUUUUUUAGAUGAAAAUUUACAAACUCGUACAAUACAAAGCAAAAAUAGUUCAUUUUUUUAGAAUUAGGGAAUCCUGUCUUAUAUUGGAAAAUGGAUCAAAAACAAACAUAAAAAUAAGCUAAGGUUUUGGAUACUUUUUAGCUAUUCCUUACAUUGCUAUGAAAAAUUUCUUUUAUCUAAUUAAGCGACCUCAAAAGGCCACUAGUAUGAUAGUAUAAAAAAUAAAUUAUUCCCAAACCAUAUUCUUAAAAUCCGUGGGUGCUUCCACAUCAAAUUUGAUGGUAAAAAAUUAAUGUAAACGUAGAUCUUCGCUUAAUUCGUUCUUAAAUUGCAGUCAAUAAAAAGAGUUUUAAUUGAAACGAUUUACUAAAACCUAAAAAAGUUAUUACAGUGACGGCGCAUGAGGUUACCUAAUUAACAUAACACUUAGUGCAUGCUCAAAAGAUUUAUCUCUUAAAUUUUAACAAAUGAACCAAUUUUCAUUAAAACUUUAACAUCUUGAAUUCGAAAAAGAAAAAAAAUUACGAUAUAUAUAAGCCAGCACUUUUCUUAAUAAAAACAUUUUUUUCUCAAAAUUUGCUAGGUAGUAAAAUAGGCCAUUUUAAGCUCGAUACCCCAACAACCCUUGUUAAAUGUGUUGGAAAAAGUCCGAUUGUCGUAGGCGAUCGAUUGGCUCAUGUUCAACAUUAUUUUUGAUUUAAAUUGAAUUUAUAUAAUUUUGUAAUAAUUUUCUAGGAAAAUAUUAACUGGUAGUCUUUGAAGUUUAAAGUUUGGAUAUACUGAACUUAUGCAUUUUUAAACUAACAAGACUACUUAAAAAAAAGACUUUUGGAUUGGGUAUUUUGAUAUCAGGUUACUUGAAAUGUGCCAAGUGUACAGGGUGUUACAUAAUUCAAUACAAAUAUUUUAAGAGCUUAUUAUUGGAAUCAAAAUAUGACUAACUUCCCUAUAAACAUAUGUCCUAAUAUCUAACCUCUUAGAGCUACAGCCCGUGAAACUUGCUUGAAGAAUAUCGAUUGAACUGUGACUACAGUGGCUCGAAUAUUACGCUCUUAAAAUAUUUGUAGAACUGAAUUUUUGUCAUACAAGUCUAAAGCUUCACCUUAAUAAUUUAUUCUAUACUUUCUUAAAUAAGUAAAAAAAAACAUAGAAAAAAAUACUUGUUACAUUUUAACUAUCCUAUUUUCAAAAAAAAUAAUAAUUAAGAAUAGAGUGUUAAAGAAUUGUGUUAAAACGCAAUUGAAAAAUGUUGUUUUGUUUGUUGAUCUGUUGGCUUAGGAAGCGUGUCAGCUGGUCAAAUACAUUUUUUAAAAUCUUAUAAGAAUAUUUAAAACAAAAAUUAAACACAUAUUUUAUUUUAAAUCAUAUACGGUGCUUAGUUGGUACAAGGAGAGAUAUGCAUAUUGUAAUAAUGUUGAAAAUAUAUUUGUAAAUAAAAUAAUUUUUGUUGUAAGUAUUUUUGUAAAAAAUAAAAUGUAGACAUCCUGGUUUGUGAGAAAAACGAGUUGCUACUCGCUUAAAAUGAGUGAGUGGAAUUCGCACCAAUAGAUAAGUAUAUUAAAAUAAAGUGUAUAAAUCACAAUAUUUGUUUAAAUAAAAGUCGUUUUUAUUAUUA